UCAUUGUUGCAUUCUGUUGGUCUGAUGGCACGUGCUGCAUAUGUAGGUGCGCCCCAGCUCCCGCCGGCAGUAUCCACACGCGCGCAGACGAUGGCUCAGAUGCACACGCCACCACGACUGAGAGAAGAAUGAAUGAAACCAAACCGUCACACACCAACCAUCAACGAUGCAGUGGGUGGGCAUCUGCUGACCUGAAUCGUCUGGACUGUGGCCAGAGUCUCCCUCUCCAUCACGUUCCACUCGCCCAUCGGAUAGCUCCUCUUUGACCGCACGAUUCUGUCCGGCCCGGCCACCACCACACAGCUCGAGAAGGCACCGUCUGCUGUGUCCUUCUCGAGCACCUCAGCGGGCGCAAUCAGCAGCGUGUUGACAUCCGGCAGCCGCAUCAGGUUCCUGAACGGCGCGAGAGUGGGCGUGUUGGACAGAUCUGACGGGCCGACAGCGAUAACAGGGCCAACAGAGCCGUCGCCAAGCUCCUUGGCCAGCAGGAGGACAUUGCAGAAGGCGGGGUCAACGAGGAGGUCGUGAAGCAAAGCGACGCUGGCCGAAGGACCACAGAGCCGACGCACGGCAGUGUUGGGCAGCUCCUCGCCAAGCCGGAAUGCAUCGUCCUCAUUCAGGAGACCUUGAGAGGUGAGCCACCGAAUUGCACGCCGAUGAAUAACUUUGUGCCGCUUGAUGACAGCAUGCAUUGCGCCUCGGUCUGACGCCGUUCUUUCUUCCUUUCCC